AAAUAACGAAACCGGCGGCGCCAAAAACUUUUCAGCAAAAGACGGCCUGAAAAUUUUGAUAUAUUUUGCAAAAUUUACAGAAUAUUUUUGUAAAAUGUAUAUAAAUUUUAAACAUAAAGUUAAAUGGUUUUCAUUUAAGUAAAUUUUCUUUUAUUUAAAAAUAAGUCGUUCAUAAAAAUUUGAUCGGCGUAAUGUUUUCUUUAACGCAAUUUAUAUGAUUCGCCUUAGUUAACUUCAACGUCAUACAAGCUUUGUUUGAAGCGUCGGCAGCGUCAAACAUUCUGCAUCUUUUUACAUUGCUGGUUUGACAAACCACAAUUGACUUGUUCAUCAAACAUAUGAAUUUUAAAUAAGAAGUUGUGUUGACAACGACCACUCUGCCGACUGCGAAAAGCGAUUCAGCUGCUAAAUUUUUUUUCGCGCCGCCAAAUCUGUUGUGCAGUAGUUUUAUUUCGUACAAAUUAUUUUUAUUUAUUUAUAUUUUAUACAUCAAAUAACAAUGAGUAAAUCAAAAUCAACGCGUUCCACAAAAAUCAAGGAAGAUCCAGAUGCCAGCACCAAAUCAACAAAAAACUCCACCGUUCCCUCGGCUUUACGUAAAAUCUUUUACAUUUCCCAACACAUGCUACAAGAUGAAACAGAAAAAUUAUGUUUGGAACGUUUUUAUCAUCCGGGCAAGGGAAAGGCGGCCCUAUUCAUUACCAAGGAUGACAAGCAUAUAAUGGAAAUAUUAGAAUUUGCUGAACCAAGAAGGAGCUGGCUGAUAGACAGCGAAGUAUGUUCAAAUGGUCAUAUAUAUUUUACCACACCAAUCGAUGUAACAUUCCUAGCAUUACAUCAUUUACGUAAACAUUGUGUGAAAAGAGCCCUAGCACUUGAUAGUAUACAUGAUGAUGAAGAUCCUAGUGCAGCGAAAAUCCUUAACAAUUUUGUUGAUCCCAAGAAUUUGGCUUGCAUAGCUGAUGUAAAAACGGCUGGGGGAGAUAUGACAUUCUAUAAAUAUAAUCACGAUAAGACCAUGGCUUGGUUAUCCCUUAAAACCAAGCGCUUGGCUAAAUUAUUACAGAGCAGUGGCAUUUAUUGCGGCAAUAGUGCGGUAUCACAAAAUUUUGCCCGAAGUGAAAAGGCUUUAGAUGAAACGGCUAAAGAUAGUGAUUACUUGCGUAUGGCUUGUGAUUAUGUGGGUGGUUAUAUAGCGAUUGAAUUACAUGAAGAGUUAACAAAACUGUUGGAUAUACCCUCUGAAAUUCAAGCUAUAACAGAGGAUAAAAAGGCUUCUACAAAUAAACGGAAAUCUGGUGAUAAACUUACUAGUGCUGGCAACAAGAAACAAAAACUAGAAAAUGGUGCUGCUUCUAAACUAAAGAAUUCUAAUUUAUUAGAUGAAUCUCUCGAUAAUGAAGAAGAGGACAUCAAGGAUGAGGAAGAAGAAAAUAAAGUAAAUACAUCAAUUAAGGAGGAACAUAAAUCACCUAAAGCUGCCACGGCUACACCUCUCAAGGAGCGUUCAUUAAGUGCCAAAGAGAAAUCAUUGGCUAAAAGUGCUAAAGGCACUAAAAGUAUAGCCUCAUUUUUUAUGAAAAAGGCUGCUUAAAUACACCUACAUAUAUACAUAUAUUUUUAUACACUGUUAACACAAUUUGUAUGUUUUUCUAAUUUAAGUGCAAGUCUGAAAAAUUAAGUAUUUUUUAAUUAAAUGUAUUUGCUUUUCUAAACAAAAGUAAAAGAAAAAAUAUUUUUUUAACUUUAAAAAAACUUUCUUCUUAAAAAUGUUCGAUAAUUAAAUUCAGAUUUUUAAACAUAUCUGAAAAUGUGUAUAUUUCGAAUUGUUUAAAUCAAUGUUAAGACUAUAGUUUAAACUUAAGUCUAAUCUGAACCCUAGU